UGGCAUGCUUUAUUUCUUAUAGUAUUGAGUAUGGAUGUUAAGGAGAGGAAGUGCCAUUCUUGGGCAGUGCUUAUAAAGUGAGUGUUCAACUCUCCAUGGGUAAAGUAGUGAAAGGAUUCUAAGGAAGCAGAAGAAAAUUCCCAGCUUUAGAAGGAGGAGGUACUGAAUGGCUUCACCUGUGUCACAGGAGAGACUCCUGGAAAAGAAAUCUCAGCUUCUGGUCAGUUCAGGGAGAAUUUAUGAGCCAGGAGGCAAAGGCAGUUCCGUGUGACAUCAGGAGUCCCUUCUCUGGCAAUUCUAUUGUAUCCUGGAGAGCAGAGCUCUUGGAAUCUCCGGUGAUGUCAAUAGUGUUGUAGCAACACCAAGUGCCUUUAGUAUGUUCAUUCACUACCUAUACAGUUUGCCUAUAGACAUGUUGUCAAGACUUAGGCAUCUACUUGGGAGAGAGAAUGGAUUUCAUGGAGAUACCAGAGAAAGGCAGAAGGAAGCUCCUAGGUCUCACUGGAAAGAAUGGAGAAAUCAAUGGUCCUGGGGAAGAUGCAGGACUACUGGGAAGGCACCAACCCAAACCUCCACCUCCACUGAGCAGGAGCAGCAGAUGACAAAGUUGGAGAAACUCACCCUUCAGCGACAGAGUAUAACAUACGAGCGAGUUGAACUGCAUGGGAUCCUGGGCACUUAUAUAGACAAGGAUUUGCAGAACAGGCUGAAUUCUUUUGAGAUGCUGAAAAAGGAGCAUAAGCAGGUGAUGCUGGACUUACAGAAAUUGCCCAUGGAGAUCAGUGACGGUGUGAACAAGGUCAAACAGCUGAUUGAGGAGAAUGUAUCCUACAGUUACCUCCAUGGCCAGGUCCUCCAAGACUGGACUGAGCUGAAGGAAAAUGUACAUGUUUUGAGACUGAAGAACAGACUGCCAUGGAAGGAGCAGAUUGAAAUGCAAGAGUCCUGUGAGGAGCUGAAGAGGCAACUGAAGGAGGCUCAGGAGAUGAUCUGUGACCCUUCUGCUGAGCAGCAGCAGUCUUUCCCUGAUGACCACCAGGCUGAGCUCCGGGAAUCCAAUCGAUGAGGGAGAGGAGGGAUUCUACAUGCAGGGGACGUCGAGAUCAUGAUGGGAAGACAUGCAGAGAUGACCUGCCACACUAGUGGAAGCCGAUAAACUGUAGACUAGUGGCUGUGGAGGCCCUAUGGGACUGGACUAGGCCCUCUGGAUAUGAAAGAUGGUUGGCUCAAACUGUUUGGGGACCACCCAGGCAGACGGAUCAGGAUCCGUCUCUGGUCUAUGGGCAGGCUUCCGGGAACCCGGUGCCUGAGGUGUGAUGCCUUUCGCAGCCUUGGUGCAGUGGAAAGGGGCUUGGACCUGCCUAGGCUCAGUGAGCUGGGCUCUGCUGACCUGGA